AUGCCGGCCGUCGAAGCAACCCCCGUUUCAUCGUCUGAGUCCGGUCUUAUCAAGAUGGAAGACCGGAAGAGACCUGCCGGUCAUGAACAGAAUGAUGCUGCGCCGCCAUCGAAGAGACAGGCGACUGUGGUAAAUGGAAACAAACCUAACCCAGAUGCCGAUAUGCCAUGGAAAGAUGAUUUGGAGCGCUUCACGAAAGAUGCCAUUUGGCGCCAGAUGCAGGAGUUUAAGCGGGAGAAGGUCACAUUGGAAUCAAAGGUCAAAGAGAUGACGAAAGCCGCUACGUUUCACCAAGACCACCUGCGGAUAAUCGAUGCUUGGUUUAAACAAUUAAUCGAUGAGGUCAAAAUAUUGUUUGGUGAUGAUGAUGCGCAUGGCAAAGACCAUCCAGCUUUUCAAACUUCCCUGCUGUUCGAUGAUAAUGAGAACUUCCAAAACCAUCUGAAGAGUCGAUCAAGUGAUAUCAAGGAUACCGUCUCCAAGUUGAUAGCCAAUGCGCCAAAAGCCGUCCAGGAAGUGUCGGAAUUACAAAGUCAAUUGGCGAAGAAACUAGCCGAAGAGAAGGUAACCAUAGUCGAGCUGGAGAAGGCCUUAUCCGAGAGACAACAAUUCGAGGAACAGUUAGAAGCGGCGUCUUUGCGGUAUAUGAUGGCGGAGAAGAAGCUUGAUCGGGCGAGGAGUAUGACAGUCGCCAAAUUGGAAAAGCAAUAUAUUCUUGGCGCACAACGACCUGGAGGCGAUGGACCGUCAUCUGCGACUCGCGAGGAUACUGCAACCCCAGUCAACGGCGCUACCCCCAGCCCUGAGAAGAAUUCAGACUUGGAGGAGGCAUACAACAAAACGUUGGCUGUUUCACAAAAACAGCGAGAACAAUUGGACACCCUUGAGGCCGAAAAUGCAAAGUUGGCAAGUGAAAUUACCGCUCUGAACGUCAAGAACUCGAAACUCACUGAUGACGACUAUGCGCACACGGAUCUUUUCAAACAACUCAAAUCGCAAUAUGAGGAUGUGAUUAAACGUGUCAACCAUCUCGAAGCGCUGAAUGUUCAAUUAAGCGAAGAGGCUGGAAAGCUGCAGGCUGAGAGAACCGCAUAUCGAAAUAACAUGGAUGCUGAGAAGCAGAAAGAGAUCGAAGAAAAGGAUGCCCAAUUACAAAAGGCAGAGUCAGAUCUUGCAAGAAUUAGGAACGCCCGGGACGAGUUACUCGCAGAUCAGCAGAUGCGAAAAGCCAGCCAGGAGCAGGAGUCGACGGCAGCCUCCAAGGCUCAAGAGUUAGCAGCGGCCAGAGAGGCGCAGAUCUCAUCUCUGGAGUCGGAAGUGGAGAGGUUGCGGAUCCAAGUAGAUGGUCUAAAGGACGAUACCGCCGAGCACCUGGAAGGGCUUUCUGUGGAAGAAUUGCGAACAAAAUACCAGAAUCUUGACCGACAGUAUGCGAUGCUCAACAAAGAGUUGACUUCCAUGCAAACAGUCUGCAAAAAGUACUCAAGUCUGGCGUCACAGAAAGUUGCCGAUAUCAACGUCCUCGAAGAAAAAGCCCAGCGUUUGGCUGCAGAAAAGUCCAAAGCCGAUCAAAAGUACUUUGCUGCUAUGAAGAGCAAAGAGGCACGGGAUGCUGAAGUGCGCACUUUACGACUGCAGAACCUGAAGAGUUCCGACAUUAUCUCCCAACUUAAAGAUUCCGAGGCUGCCACUCGUUCGCUUGUCGCAAACCUCGAAAAGCAGAUUGCAGAAGGGAAAGAAGCCCUCACUUCUGUGUCGACCAAAUAUCGUGCUUCACAGCAACAGAAUACUGAAAAUGUCGUGACUAUAGAUGGAUUGAAAGCCCAGGUCGCCGAACUCAAAUCUCUCAUGACGGCAAAAGACAGCACCCUGGCUUCUACAUCGGCUGCUUGCAGGAAAGCCGAAGCGGAGGUCGAGAGUCUGAAGUCAACCCUUUCCGAUACAAAGAAGAGCCUGGAAAAUUGGAAAACCAAGUCGCUUGGCAAUUCUUCGUCCGAAUAUGAAAUGCUCAGAACCCUUGCACUUUGCACGGUUUGUCGACGCAAUUUCAAGAAUACAGCCAUCAAGACAUGCGGCCAUGUCUUUUGCAAAGAUUGUGUGGAAGAGCGACAAGUUUCCCGGUCACGAAAAUGCCCGAACUGUAACAAAUCUUUCGGAAGCAACGAUUAUAUGCACGUGACCCUCUAA